AUGUCUUCCAUUAAAAUUGAGUCUGUUGUGAAGGAGAAGAACAGGAUGGGAGAGUGCCCUGUAUGGGAAGAAAGGCUGAAUUCCCUUGUAUAUGUGGAUAUCAAUUCGCAGAAAGUUUGCCGCUGGAACUCCAUCACUAAUGAAGUUCAGUGUGUAUCAGUGGAUGCUCGUGUUGGGUCAGUAGCACUUCGCAAGUGUGGAGGCUAUGUGAUCGCUUUAGGAACUAGGUUUGCUUUCCUGAACUGGGACAAUCAGAGAGUUGUUUCUAUUGCUGAAAUGGAAUUAGAUAAACCAAACAACAGAUUUAAUGAUGGAAAAGUGGACCCAAUGGGGAGAUUUUUUGCAGGUACCAUGGCUGAAGAGACAGCACCUGGGCUGAGGGCAAGGCACCAAGGUGCCCUUUAUACUCUCUUUCCUGAUCGUUGCGUCAUGAAGCAAUUAGAGCAGGUGGACAUCUCGAACGGUCUGGAUUGGUCACUGGAUCACAGAACCUUCUUCUACAUUGAUAGCCUGGCAUACGCUGUGAAUGCCUUCAACUAUGAGUUAUACACAGGAAAAAUUGAUUGUUCCAGUUGUAGGCCUGUGUACAAGUUGGAAAAAGAAGAAGAAAUGCCUGAUGGGAUGUGCAUUGACACAGAAGGGAAACUCUGGGUGGCCUGUAUUGAUGGCGGACGAGUGAUCCGUAUUGACCCUGAAACAGGGAAAAGAAUUCAGACUGUGAAGAUGCCGGCUUCCAGGAUCACAUCUUGCUGUUUUGGAGGGAAAGACUAUUCAGAAAUGUAUGUCACUUCUGCCUAUGAUGAACUGGACAGGGCAGCCUUAGCCAAGGAGCCUCAGGCUGGGGAGAUUUUCAAGAUAACAGGACUGGGGGUAAAAGGGAUCCCACAGUACUGCUUCGCUGGUUAAGUGUUCACUCAUAUUAUGUGAUAGAUGUACAACCCAGCCAGAAGCCAUGAUGAACAAGAACAGAAGGAUGAAUUGCUAAUUUAGAUACCGAUCUGAAGACUACCUAAAUUGCCAUGAUAUUUUAAUGUUCUGUAACUGUUUCCUUUUCUCUGUGCCUGCAUUAGGUUUUCCCUAACAGGGGAGGGAGGGAGGAUUUUCACUGGCAAACCUGUACAAAAUGAAUGGAUUCCACCUAGGGGCUGUCUUCACCAGGUUGGCGUUGUCUCCUUCUUCAAUGCCUCCCUUUCCCUUUCUCGGGACGGUGUUGGUUACUCCAGAAGAUGA